UCUUCACUCUUCAGCACAAGCCUACAUGGUUGAGAAACGAGUAUGGUUUGAAAGAGGAAUUUAACACCACCAACAGAAGACCGGAUGAAUUUAACACCAUGCACCAAAUAUAUUUUCUUCUUGGACUGCUUUCACGUGAGUUGAAACGGGUGUCCACUCUGAUUCUCCUCACUGCACUAUUUUCUUUUCUCCAUACAAAUUUGUUACAAUAUGGGUCAAGAAACGGUGGCGAAAAGGGUUCAAUUUGCAAUAAGGCUAUUUGUGCUGGUAUUGUUCCUGGGUUGGAUUCUGAUUUGGAUAAUGAUGCCCACAAAUACUUACAGAAAAAGAUGGCUGCCUCGAUUCAGAGCAAAGACUAAUAACUCAACCUAUUUUGGUGCAAAAGGUGCUAAUCUUCUGAUGUACACUUUCCCAGUCUUAUUGGUAGCUACUUUGGGAUGUGUCUACCUCCACAUAGCCAAAAAAGUAAAUGAUUCCAACAAGGAAAGCUGCAAUGCAAAGAAACAACAUAAGGUAAUCAUAUGGAAGCGUCCAGUGCUCAUAAAAGGCCCUCUUGGCAUUGUUUCUGGCACAGAGCUAGCAUUCUUCCUCAUGUUUAUUGCACUCCUUAUUUGGAGCUAUACAACUUCUAUAUACAACAACUUCGCAACAAUUACCCCAAAGUUGGCAGCAAAAGAUGGCGAGAAAGUAUGGGAAGAGAAACUAGAGAGUGCAGCACUAAGGUUGGGUGUGGUUGGGAACAUAUGCUUGGCAUUUCUGUUUUUUCCGGUGGCUCGUGGCUCAUGUUUGUUGCCUCUGCUUGGCCUGACCUCGGAGAAUAGCAUAAAGUACCAUAUUUGGCUUGGACACAUGGCCAUGAUUCUCUUCACUUCUCAUGGCAUUUGCUACAUCAUAUAUUGGGCAGUUACCGAUCAAAUUUCUCGGGUACUGGAAUGGAACAAAAAUGAUAUAUCAAAUGUGGCUGGAGAGAUAUCUUUGCUUUUCGGUUUGUUCCUAUGGAUUGCAACCAUUCCCCGUAUCAGGCGAAAAUUCUUUGAGCUCUUCUUUUACACUCAUCACUUCUACAUCCUCUUCAUAGUCUUCUUCAUCUUUCAUGUUGGCAUUUCCUAUGCUUUUAUUAUGCUCCCUGGUUUCUAUCUCUUCUUGGUUGAUCGUUACUUAAGGUUUCUACAAUCAAGGCAACAAGUUCGCUUGGUUUCUGCUCGGGUUUUGCCAUGUGAAGUUGUAGAACUCAACUUCUCCAAGGGCCAUGGAUUAACUUACAACUCCACAAGUGUCAUGUUCAUAAAUGUACCGAGCAUAUCCAAGUUGCAGUGGCAUCCAUUUACUAUUACUUCUAAUAGUAAUUUGGAGCGAGAUAAGCUAAGUGUUGUUAUUAAAAGUGAAGGAAGUUGGACCAGGAAGCUCUAUCAGUUGAUUUCAACUUCUUCCACAAUAGAUCACCUUGUUGUAUCUGUUGAAGGCCCUUAUGGGCCUGCCUUAACCAAUUAUCUAAGGCAUGAGAGUCUUGUGAUGGUGAGUGGAGGAAGUGGCAUCACACCUUUUAUCUCCAUAAUUCGAGAGCUAGUAUAUAUGAAGACUACAUUCAAGUGCAAAACCCCAAAAGUUGUUCUAAUUUGUGCAUUCAAGAAUUCUUCAUCUUUGUCAAUGCUAGAUUUGAUCCUCCCAAUAUCUGGCAACCCAUCUGGGAUUUCUGAUAUGGAAUUACAAAUUGAGGCCUACAUCACAAGAGACAAGGAGUUUAAAGAAGAUGGCCCAAUUCAACCUAAAACCAUAUGGUUCAAGCCAAAUCUAUCUAAUGCACCAAUACAUGCUAUAUUAGGUCCAAACAGUUGGCUCUGGCUUGGUGCAAUAAUCUCAUCCUCUUUCAUCAUUUUCCUUAUCUUAAUAGGGAUCAUUACCCGUUACUACAUUUUCCCUAUUGAUCAUAACUCGAAUCAAAUAUUCUCAUUCCCUUUAAAUGCAUUCCUUAACAUGCUAGUAAUAUGUGUUUCCAUAGUAAGUGUUGCUAGUGCAACUUUUCUUUGGAACAAGAAACAUAAUGCUAAAGAAAUAAAUCAGAUUCAAAACUUGGAAGGUUCAACACCAACAGUGUCACCCAACUCCAUGGUGUACAACGCAGAUAGAGAAUUGGAAAGCCUUCCAUACCAGUCCCUUAUUCAUGUUACCAAUGUUCAUUAUGGUGUAAGACCUAACCUAAGAAGAAUGCUAUUUGAACACAAAGGGUCAAGUGUGGGAGUUCUUGCUUCAGGACCCAAAAUAAUGAGACAAGAAGUUGCAUCCAUUUGCUCGUCUGCUUUAGCCAAAAAUCUACAUUUUGAGUCCAUUAGUUUUAGUUGGUGAUUUUAUUUGUAAUGUUGCAAAGGGUGCAAAAUGUUAAUGAUCAGUCUCUGGAAGGAGUUUAUAGUCUUUAGAGAUAUUAGGAUCGAUCUAGUAAUAAGGGUUGAAAUGAUACGUAAUUUUAGGUUUGAGACUAUUUUUGUAACAUGGUUAAAAAAAAGUUGUCUCUCCCUUAAUGGACCACUUGUUUUGUUCGUUUCA